AUGCUGGGAAUUCAUCAAAAUCCUACGAGGCCCAAUUCUGCAAGGGGAGCUCCUGAUCAAACCUCGGAAAAGCCAUUGCGGGUGGCAUCUCAGAAGGAUGCUGCAUACCUCUCGCACACGACGGCUGAGAUUGUCGGCAAGCUCUGGAACUCCGACUGGAUGUCACUGAUGCCCAGCCGUGAUAGUAGUACAGAAAGCGAGUUUUGUAUCCAAGAUGUCCCAGUAGCCAAGAAGAUCUUGAGCGACUUGUCAUUUGGCCAAAUGCACAGCAGAAGAAAGUCCCUCAUUCCUUUUGUCGUACCUCGGCAAUGGAUGUUUUACAACAUCGCCGGAACCGACGCUACGGCCCCAAGCUGGACGCUGUCAGAACCGAAAGAAUCCCUCGAAACCCUGUGCUCUUUCCACCGCCAAGAAUUUCGACUAAUCAUCUUUCUCGACGGACUAGACGAGUUCGAUGGGCUCGACAGCUCCGAUGGGAACCCGAGCGCUCUCUUGGAUUGGAUAUCCGACACCUUGGAACGAUACAAGGUCAAGUUUUGCGUCUCUAGCCGACCCAUGAAUCACUUUGCCGAUACUUUCCGGGAAUAUCGCUCACUAGCAAUGCAACAACUAACGAGACGAGACAUACAAGCCGUCGUGGAGGCCAAGUUUGGCAAUUCCGCUGCCUACCAAGAAAUCAAGGUCUCCCACCCCAAAGACGCCGACCGGCUGGUCCGUGAAAUCAUCGACAAAGCAGAAGAGCAACCGGAGCCGUCAUUGCUUUGGGAACGGCUAUCAAGCAUACCUGGCGAUAUCGAGGGUCUGUACAAUUCGAUCUGGAGCUCUAUUCCGCCCAAGAGGCUCGCGACUACCUCGAAAAUACUCCAGACCUACCGAGCGCAGGAUAUCGAUACAAGUCUUGUGGCUUUUUGGCUCGCCUGUGUGGACGCCAACACCAAAGCCUCUGCACAAUUGGCUCCGACCGAAGAGCUCCUCAAGACCCCGCGUCGACGGGACGUCUUCGACUUUGCCCGCUCGGGCUUCAGCCGAAUUCACAGAAUACCAGUUCAGGCCAGGAUUAAUCGGGACCACAUGGUGCUGAGCCUCGACAACUUGAAUAGGAUAGCUUGCGAUAUUGUUGUAGCUGGCUGUAAGAGCGGUAACAUCAGCCACCAAUUAGCCGCCUACGCCAACGGCUCCAGUCCUGAGCGGUUCUCGAGAGCUGGCUGGCCGACCUUGAUGCUGGGCGAGAACAUUACGCAUCUCGAGCUGUCAUUCGUCGGUACUGCUGCUUCUGCGGGAUUCACCAGCUAUGUCAAGGCGAAGGUCGAAGCAGACCCGAGUUUCCUGGUUCCGAAAAGAGGGAGAGUCUCUCUGCUGGAAAACGCCAUCUUCCCCUAUCUCUAUACCGUCUGGGAAAUCGCCUCAUCCGACGCCUUUUUCCUCCCAGAUCUGAAGGAGACAAGAGAGCAGAGACUGAAAAUCAUCGAGCUCCUUCUCGGGGCGUCUGACGUCAAGCAUGAGACAGCGUUGGGUUGUUCGAUGUGCGAUGCUGUGCACAAAGCGAUGGUAGCGGUGCAUCCCGCAAUAUUGGACAGCCUACCAUGGUACGAGCAGGUCCUCCCAUUGCUUAAAACGCAUGGGUACACGGCAAACCAUAGCGGGGGCGAACGGAAGAAUGAAAUAAGGGGAGGAACCGAGGACGAAGCCAACUGGAAUGAUGUGCCCGUAAGAUGGCGCGGGUUUUCGGGGAUGGCUGAAGAUGAAAAAGGGAAGAGCGCAAAUGAGGAUUGA